UUUAUUUUCAAGUCCAAAAAGAAAAAAAAGACUCAUUCUCAACCUAAUAACCACAAAUGAAUGACCAAAAUGCCCUAAAGACCCUUAUCAUUGACAACUACGAUUCCUAUACAUUCAAUUUACUCCAGCUCUGCAAAAACGAAACUAAUGUCGUUGUCAUUCGCAAUGACCAAUUUACUUGGGAGGAAUUCAAGACGAGAAUUCUACCUUGCUUUGACAAUAUCAUCAUUUCUCCCGGACCAGGAAGACCGGAAAGAACCACAGACUUUGGCAUAGGAGGUCCUCUUUUACAAGCACAAUCAGAUCCAGCUCAAAAGUCACUUCAUCGUCCAAUUUUUGGAAUCUGUCUUGGCCACCAAGGGAUUGCCCAUUAUCUAGGCGGAAAGGUUGAUUAUGCACCAAGAAUCAUGCAUGGUCGUAUGUCCCAGAUACACACCAUCAGGCACCCAUCAACUACUUACAAAGAUAUCAUGUAUCAUUGUCCUUCUCCAUUUUGGGCAGUAAGAUAUCACUCACUUGUUGCUGAUGAACAAGCUCUACCUGAAUGUCUUGUGGUUACAGCCUAUUGCUAUGAAAAUGAUGCCGAUGUGGAUACCUUGAAAACAGCAGCUUAUUUGGCAGACAGUGAUACAAGUGCUUCCUCUACUGAUCUCCACAAAAAUCAUUUCUUGCCUCACCCACCUACCAAUACUAGUAGUGGCACCGAGCAAAAAGGAAAAAGGACUAUUAUGGGUUUCCAACACAAGACCUUGCCACUCUGGGGCGUUCAAUUCCAUCCCGAGUCAGUGUCAACAGAAUGCGGGGAGCUAAUGAUGCAAAACUUUGCUAUCCAAACUCUUGAAUGGUUGAAUAAGCAGCAAUCUGACCGAUCAUUGUGUUACAAACCCCUUGACCUUGAUGUGCUAAAUAUCUCAGUGGCACACCCAAAACUACCAUUGUUACACCACAUUGAUGAAGCCACCAAGUCCACAUUCGAAGUUUAUUCUUCAAAGACAAAAUGCCCCAUUUGGAUUGACCCUGAACUUCUGGUAGAAGAAAUGUUGAGGAACCAAACUGGGCACAAUGACAUCCAGACGAAGGCAAUGAGCUGGUUGGAUAGUAGUCGGAAAUCAUCACCCUAUGCAAAAAUGUCAAUCUUGUCUGUUGACCCUGCAUUCUCACUCACAUACUCCACCCUCCAUCGCCAAGUCAACAGACAAGAUAGAAACGGCAAAUUAUCUUUUGAAAAUCUGGUCGGUCAAGAGAGCUUCUUUGAUUAUAUUUCAAAGAUCCUUGGAAAACCAGACACCACUGUCAAGUCGCAUCCAUUGAAUCACACCGACAAACUUUCGUUUGAGGGAGGGCUAAUAGGCUACUUUGGUUAUGAAAUGAAGCGAGAAAGUCUGGAUGGCUACAAGACUCCUAACGAACAGAUGUGUGCGUGUGCUUCUAGUCAGAGUCAGAAACACCAGCAGCAUCCAAGCAGACCAGAAGAAUGCUGUGCUUCUUGUUGUCUCUAUGAACCAGAUGCUGCCUUUCAUUUUAUCGAUAAAUUCUGGAUAUUCGAUCACACCAGCCAUUCUAUAUACAUCUGCUCUCUUGUUCGUCCAGAAACUUCCUCUCAAAACCCUGGACCUGGAAUGGAUCCAAUAUCUGCCUCAAGGUGGCUAGAACAGGCCCAAGACUUGCUCAAACAAACCCAAAUUGCCCAUCAAAAGAAGAUGAUGGCCGAAGAAUAUACCAAGCUGACCCCAGUGUCGUCAACCUGCACCAGUCCAUUACCGGGAAUACCAACUUCUGUUGAUAUUAAUAAUAUGGCCGGAUCUGACUUGUUUACUGCAAAUGUACAACACGAUACAUACCUAGACUCGAUCCAAAACUGUGUCAAUGAGAUCAAGGAAGGAGAGUCAUAUGAGAUCUGUCUCACCACUCGAUUCCGAUGCGCUUUACCGAAAGAACUGCGGCCGAGAAUGGAAGACCCGGCACUCUGGAGGUUGUAUACUGACUAUCUACGCAAAAAUAACCCUGCGCCGUUCUCGGCCCUGAUAUCUUUCCCGAUGGCAAACAUGACUCUCAUGAGCUCAAGCCCGGAACGUUUCCUGAGUGUGACGGACGGAGUGGCCGAAAUGAAGCCGAUCAAAGGAACAGUCGGUCGUGCACUCCAGUGUGUCUGCAAAGAAGACACCUGUGACCGAUCAUUAAACUGUGAAGAAGAAAGGUUACGGGAAGACGAUAAACGAAAACAGAGAUUAUGGCAAGAUGUCAAAGAAAGAGCAGAAAACCUAAUGAUUGUGGAUUUGAUUCGUAAUGAUCUUGCCCAAGUAUGCAAGCCUAGUAGUGUGCAGGUUCCCAAGUUAAUGCAUGUCGAGACCUAUGAAAAGGUGCAUCAUUUGGUAUCAACUGUCCGUGGCACAUUACGGCCGCAUGUAACCACUGUUGAAGCUGUACGAAAAUGUUUUCCUCCAGGUUCUAUGACGGGUGCACCAAAAUUGCGGUCUGUUCAGCUUUUGGAUCAAUUUGAACACAACAAACCUAGGGGGGUUUAUUCUGGCUGCCUUGGGUACUUUUCUUUGAACGGUAACGCGGAUUUUAAUGUUGUUAUUCGAACAGCAGUAAUAACAUCCCAGAACGACAAUGUUGAAGUGUCAGUCGGAGGAGGUGGAGCAAUUACCUUCUUGUCAGAGCCUGAACAGGAAUGGAUCGAGACCCUUUUAAAAACAAAGAGUGUGGCACCAAGUGUAAAGGAGUUCCUUGACGAUCUCUAAGUUAUUGGCAUAUAUCUAUCUAUCUAUUCAUCGAUAAAUUAUUAUUACUAUGUAUAUAAAGUCAUCUCUCGAUAAUUUCAAAACCAAAA